UACUGGAGUUCUUUCCACAGAGAGCUGACUGAUAUUUGAAGAAAUUUUUCACUUCUCGAACCAAGAAAAAUAUGAUGUAUCUUUUCCAAGCCUCGCUCUUAUUCUUAAAUCUAUGUAUUUUUACUUGUGGAGAAGCUAUACGAGGUAACUGUGUGCAUCAUUCUACGGAUUCUCCAGUAGUUAACAUUGUAGAGGAUGAAUCUAAUGCAAAAGGUGAAAAUAAAAGUAAUGAUACCGUUUAUAAAGAAGAUUGUGAGGAAUCAUGUGAUGUUAAAAGUAAAAUUCCACGAGAAGAAAAACAUUUCAUGUGUAGAAAUUUGCAAAAUUCUAUUGUUUCUUACACACGAAGUACCAAAAAACUACUAAGAAAUAUGAUGGAUGAGCAGCAAGCUUCCUUGGAUUAUUUAUCCAAUCAGGUUAAUGAACUCAUGAAUCGAGUUCUCCUUUUGACUACAGAAGUUUUUAGAAAACAGCUGGAUACUUUUCCUCACAGACCAGUUCAAUCACAUGGUUUAGAUUGUACUGAUAUUAAAGAUACCAUUGGCUCUGUCACAAAAACACCAAGUGGUUUAUAUAUAAUCCACCCAGAAGGAUCUAGUUACCCAUUUGAGGUAAUGUGUGACAUGGAUUACAGAGGAGGUGGAUGGACUGUGAUACAGAAGAGGAUUGAUGGGGUAAUUGAUUUCCAAAGGCUGUGGUGUGAUUAUCUGGAUGGAUUUGGUGAUCUUUUAGGUGAAUUUUGGCUAGGGCUGAAAAAGAUUUUUUAUAUAGUGAAUCAGAAGAACACCAGUUUUAUGCUUUAUGUAGCCCUGGAAUCUGAAGAUGACACAUUUGCUUAUGCAUCAUAUGACAAUUUUUGGCUAGAGGAUGAAACAAGGUUUUUUAAAAUGCACUUAGGACGGUAUUCAGGAAAUGCUGGUGAUGCAUUCCGGGGCUUCUGCAAAGAAGAUAAUCAAAAUGCAGUGCCUUUCAGCACAUCAGAUGUUGAUAAUGAUGGAUGUCGCCCUGCGUGCUUCCUCAAUGGUCAGUCUGUGAAGAGCUGCAGUCAGCUCCAUAACAACACUGGCUGGUGGUUCAACCAGUGUGGGCUCUCAAAUCUGAAUGGCAUUCAUAACUUUCCUGGAAAAUUUCUUGCAACUGGAAUUAGAUGGGGCACAUGGACCAAAAACAACUCACCUGUCAAGAUUAAAUCUGUUUCAAUGAAAAUUAGAAGAAUUUACGAUCCAUACUUUAAGUAAUCUCACUUAAAAUUUUAAUGAGUGCUCCACAGUUAUUUUUGAUAAUAUAUAAAAGAUUUUAUAUGGUUUCCAUUUUUACUGAGUGUUUCAAACAUAUUAGCCAAAAUUUAACUGUAGAUGACAUCUAGGUAUUAUGAGUUUAAUUAGAAAUUUUUAAUUUUGUAGAAUUUUAUAGAGGAAAACAUGGCUUAAUGUAUGCUUUUCCUAUUUACUAUUUUAACAAUAUAGAAUAAAAUUUGUUUUGAGUGAAUUGAAACUGGUGACCUGGAGUAUAUUGUGCUUUUAAAAGAUUUCCCCCCUUUUUUACAGCAGAUUCUUAGGAAAGUUAAAAUUAUUUUUUCUAUAUUUAUUUGAUAUGGCUAAGUGUAUAAUUUAGAUAAUUUCUGUUGACUACAAUUACAGGGGAUAAUUUUGCACAGAUUAAUAUAUAAAAUUCACAUGGUUUAAAAACCUAUUUCCAGGUGAUUCCGUAAUAUUUAACUGUAAAAAUAAAGUCCUUCAUGUUUUCA